CCUGUGGCGUUUGACAGCUGACACAGCAGUGCCAAGGCGAUUGAUUUUUUCGAAGAUGUCCUUCGCCAACAAGAUUUCUAUGCUAUGGGCCCGCCCAGGCGCCGACAAUGUCCAGAAAGAUGAUGUUCCUUGGACACUACGUUACGCUGGUCGGGGGUUGGGAACAAUUGGCAGUUUCAUUGCAAUAGUACUGGGCCUGAUAAACUGCACGGGCAUCAUUGUUUUGCAAGUGACCUGCCUCAUAGCUGGUAUAUGGCAGAUGCUCGCUGGCUUCAUAGUGAUUGUGUGUGAGGCGCCUUGCUGCUGCUUCUUCAUUGAUUAUGUGCAAGUGCUGUCCGAUAAGAUGGAGGGCCGGCCAUAUUGGAACAAGGCAGCUUUGUACAUUGGAUUAUCUUUGCCACCAUUCUUUCUCUGUUUCCUGAGUCUCAGUACAUGGUUCGGCAGUGGAAUUAUAUUCGCAACGGGCAUCGUGUACGGAAUGAUGGCGCUAGGCAAAAAAGCGUCUAUUGAAGAAAUGAGGACAUCAGCGGCAACGUUAGAGGCCGGUGGUUUCCAGCCCACGACGGCGCCGCGAGCUAACCUCGUCACCAACGAACAACCUUUCAGUUUCACAGGACCCCCUCUCAACAAUUGACCUGAAAAUAGAUUAAAGUGACUGUACAUACGUCCUACAUUGUGAAAUUACUGCGCUACCCACAAUAACAACACAUUAGUCAUUUACAUAUACGAAGAACAAAUGUGAACCUUAUACAGAUCCUUGCGGUACACCAAAAAUGUUAUGAAUACAGUGGUGAAAUAACUGUUUAAAUUUUUUCCAUUUUAGUAUCAUGUGCUCAAGUUAGUUAGAUUGUUAGACUUCUGAAGCGUAUAUUUUCGAAAGUUAACUUCGCAAAUAACUGUAUUAAAUUACACAUAGUAAAUUGUGAAAGCAAUCGUGACUGGACGUGAACAGAAAAAGGCUAUAAUGCAUUUAAGGUGUAGCAUAAGCACUUUAAAUAUAAGUCUUGCGUGGUUUGCGGGUGAAUUUUGAAUGUUUGUUCCAUCGAUUUCCAAUAUAAUAUGUCCUCCAUAAAAAUAGCAUAUUUCACUGGCGUGACAACACAAACUUUGAACGUAAAUAUAAGUGUGAACAAUACGUCAGUGCGAAGCCAAACGAAGCGACUUUCUUUGCUUAGACAUAAGAAUUUUGAUCUAUUUAAUAUCGAAUGCAUAAUUUUGAAAAAUGUUGACCAAAUAAUGCGGAAAUUCUUGUAUUCAAGUCGACGAUCUUGGACCAAUCUUCAUCAACAUCUAUUUGAAGCAAUUGUUGUCGCUUUAUGAAUGUCUUGUUAAUAAACCACGUAAUGUUAUUUCUAGAUUUAACGAUCUCUCACAAAAUAAGACUUAAUUCGAUUGAUAUGAAAAUAGGUCUAAAUUGAAACGCGAAAAAAGACUGCAGAAACCGAAAGAUUAGUCAUAUGCUGGCUAUAUGGUUUUGUCUCGCUUGCACGUUACACAUUAUCGCGCACGACAUUGUUGCGAGUGAGAUAGAACUAUACCAGCCAACAUUUUCAAAUCGAUUCUUAAUGGCUCUGACUAUACAAGAGAGGUCUUUACGUCAUUCUUUGCGUCUACAUUAAAGUACUUAGUGACGUAUAAAAUAACUAUAUCACUUUGUUAAAGGUUGACAAAUGCAGUAGAUAGAUAAAUUGUUAUUCGUAGGUAAUUAUUUCAUUUUCCAUUAGAUAUUUGUUUGUGAUAUGUUACAGCUUAUGAGUGUUCGUACGUAAUUUAGUUCAUGUUGAAUUAGAACAUAUCUAUCGUUAUUUAUAAGUUGGUUCGAUAGAUAAAUAUAUAGCAUCGAUAAUAAAGAUUUAUACAUACAUGUACACGAUUCCAGUGAUCUACGCCCUCUAGAGUAGCAUACAAACACAUGAUGUCUUAUCCAUAGGCCUUUGUUAAGAUAAUAAAUAGCGCGUCACUCCGUAAUCAUUAAUGCAAAUAGGGUAAAUUUUUGUGUGCGUGACCCUUUUGUAUUACCUUUAUAUAACUUUUCUAAUUUUCUCUAUAACUCUCCCCAUUUAAUCUGUUUAAACUAUGAAGAAGAUUUGAUAUUAUAUUUUAUCUGCUAGCUUUGUUCGCAUAAGUUCACAGAAGUCAAAACAAUUCCUCUUAUGGCAUACUAAAAUAUCAUUUUAAAAAGUAUACAGGUUGGCCUUUAAUUAAAAAAAAUUUCAGUCCUUAGAAUAAGCUGACAUAUAGUUCAUAAGGAUUUUAUUUUAUAGUAUUUAUGUUAAACGAAUUAUUAUUAUAAUGUUGUAUACAUUCCAAAUUCCAAUAGGGUCUCAUUUACAUACAUACGUCCUUAUGCAAAUUUAUUAUAAUUAUUUUUUAAUGGUCCCACGGCUGUAAAACUUUUGUAUAGAAACGUGUCAAUUCAUGCUAUCUGCCCUUGAAUGUUCGAAUUAAUCAUAAUCAAGUGUGAUUUGAAAUUGUACCUUUUAUGGCGUGAUUGUCAUUUUUUUGUAGCUGAUUUGCCGUGCCAUCGCCACAAGUGGUGUUGAAUUUUUAAUCAUUAUUGUUUUUAUAAUUUUAAGCACUUACAUUAAAUAAUGCGUAUAGUUCAUACUAAUAAACUUUGAUAACCUAUACCUUAUAUUUUCAUUUUUGUUUUUACGCAAUGAGAGAAAGAAAGUGUUGAAAAUUAUAAUCAGUGUAACGCAGCUAUAUACAGUUUAUUAGUGAAGGAAAUACACAUAGUUUAAAUGUAUUAUUAACUAUGUACUAUUAACGGGAAAAAUUAGAACUAUUUUUAAAAAGCAUGGAUAUUUAUUGUUAAUUUUUAAAUUUAAAAUUUAAGACGACUAAAGUAGACCCUAGUCUCAUAAUAAUAUUUUAUCAUUUGCUCAUCUAAAUUGAAUUUAUUUAAAUAUUUUGUUCGAUAAAUUGUAUCAACAUACAAAUGUAUUUUAUGUUUUAAAUAUGUUAAUUAUCUAUAAUUUGCUUCCAUAGAUAAUCUGCUUGUGCUCUUAUUAUUUUACGUUAAAAUAUGGCAACUAAUUAUUAUGUUAACCUCAAUGUUCUUCCUUAUUCAAAAGCGAAUCAUUAUUUUAUUACAUUGUAAGUGUAAAUUAUUCCCUCUUUAGUUUGUAUAUAAUUUUAUGAAUAUAAAGCACUUAGAGUAUAGAUUAGAAUUUUUUGUUAAGGUUAGCGAAACUGAUAAAUGUGGCAACAUUGUUACCAGAAUGGCCUUCGAAAAGGAAAUAUGUGUCAUUUACGGUUUCGCAGCGUAUAUGCAUUUACAUCAGUCAGUAUCGACAUUCGAAAUCGAAAAUUUAACAAUAAUUCCAAAAGUUUUCAAACUUCGGUCAAGUGAAUGGUACAUUGGGACGACAAUAAAUCUCAUUUUGCAACCUUGUCCGCAGUCCGGAACAUUGUUAGAAUUGCAAAUUAAAUUAUUUUUUGCUGUAUAGUCCUGAAAAAAAUUCCAAAAGUUCUGCAAACUUGGGGAAGUUUUCGAUAUAAUAUUUUAUUUCACGUAUUAAAUUUGCAACCAAUCUAAGUGUACGGAACAUUUUUUGUUAUUGAUUAUUAAUGUUUUUUUUUUAUUUUUUCACGACCAUACAGCAAAAAAUAAUUUAAUUGCUGUUCCGGACUGCGGACAAGGUUGCAAAAUGAGAUUUAUUGUCGUCCCAAUGUACCAUUCACUUGACCGAAGUUUGAAAACUUUUGGAAUUAUUGUGAAUUGAUUGUCUUGACUGACUGGAAUAUUUGUUGGUAUUGAGGUUUGUUCGAAAAAUAUCCCCUAUAAAUAAAUAUAAUUUACUAUGAAUAUUAUGUAAAAGAUUUCGUAAAAUAUUGUGUAAAUAAAUAAGUAAAUCUGGAUCAGUGUUUCAUCAUUUUGUAGGUAAAAUCAUAUUUAUAGAGUGUGACGGCUUUGGAGUAAAAAGUAAAAAAAAAAGUAAACACAUUGAUUUUUUAUGAUUUUCUUAUUUAUUUACAUAAAUAAAAUAUACUGAUUAUUUUAUUUUGAAUAAUAUUUUAUUGAGGCUUUUUACAUAUCUUGAUACAGUUAUAUAAAAUCAUAAACAUUAUUUACAAAAAACAUAUUUAUCAAUGAAAUAGUAUUAUCAUAAUGUACAUAGAAAUUAUUAUGAAAUUUAUAAUAACUUAAGUCUUUACUUCUAUGGCAGAUAGACAGGUCCAAUCACGGUCCAAUAAAAUAAAUUAAGUAAGGUGUUCACAAAUUCAGGUUUAAACUGAUAAAUUAUUUUGUUUGUUUAGAUCUACUAACUGUAAGAGCUAGCGCGCAAGAGCAACUUUUGUUAGGGAGUUGCGUCGCUACGUGCGCGUACUUUCAUACUAGCCCAUAGAGUUGAUGGGAGAGACAAAAUAGUUGCGGAGACAAAAGUUGCUCUUGCGCGCUAGCAGCUGUUACUUAUUAAUAAUUAUUUUUGUAAUGAAAUUGUCAACUAUGUUAAGUUCAAAAAGUAUGCCAGCAAUUUUGGUAUAUUAUGUAAAAAAAUACAAAUAUUACAGAGCCUCCAUUUGAGGAAGUGUUUAAGCAAAAGACAAACAAUUGUAAAAAAAAAUAUAUUGUCAUAGUACAUAUUUCUCUGAUACAUGCUUCUGACAUGUUUUUAAUACAUAAUGUGUACAACAUCCAUCAGGGCCUUACCAACCAGUCAUAUUGACUGGUUAAAGAUACUCCCUUAUUCGAUGGAGGAAUCUCAUCCUCCUUCUACAAACAAAUUUGUUUACAGUUCACCGUAAUCUUUAUGUAUAAUAAUGAAUCCCUAUUUCCCUUGGUCACAGCAUCACGCGUAUUGACUGGACCGAUUUUGAUAAUUAUUUUUUUAUAAUAUUCUUUCAAUUACGAGGACGGUUCUUACGGGAAGAAAACGCAAACAUGUACAAACGGGCAAAGACGGGGCAGACCGCUAUGCUAUAAUUUUUGGAUCUGUCUAAUCUGUGCUAUUAUAAAGAAAAUCUUGAAUAUGGUAUGUAGUAACAAGUUGAAGUUAUAUGUAUGUUUGAGUAUGUUAUAGUUGUAGAAGUGGUUACUGCAUUGUUCUUGUCAUAUAAUAUUACUGUUAGGACAGCAUAAUAUCUGUAAUAAAUGUGUGUAUAUUGCA